GCCUUGAAGAGGCUUGGUUCGCGUCUCUCGUGCAGCAAGCGCAGGUCGUGAUGCGCGCCUGGCCGUCGUUUGACAAGCAUCUCAUAUGCCAGCAUAGGUGCAGCUUCUUGACAUCUGCUCAGCUUAUCAGCUAGGAUCGUUGAAUAACAAGGAUCAUGCGCUCCCUGGCAGCGCUGCCUUUGCUCUUGACUUCCACCAGUGCUCUGCCUGAGCUCUCCAUCUCGAAGCGAGAUCGACACACCGGAGGACAGACGGACCUUUCUGCACGAGGAGUUCCAGCGCGUUCGCGUUUGACACCGCGGCAAGAUGGAUUCAUCGAGACCAACAUCUUCGACGUCUUAGCUUGGAGCUCUGGAGGCGCAUAUUACGCCAACUUAACUGUCGGUACGCCUCCACAGCCCCAGACAGUCAUCCUAGAUACAGGAUCGUCUGACCUGUACUUCGAUGCCUCUUCUGCGAGCACGUGUGAAGAUCCACCAACGGCAACACAAGCCUGCGAGGGCGGCACGUUCGAUUCGUCAAAGUCAAGCACAUACCGGGAGGUACACGCCGCGCCCGCCUUCAAUACGUCUUUUGGCGAUGGCUCCACGGCCUUGGGUCCAUACGGUUCCGAUGUUGUUGGAAUUGGGCAUGUGCUCAUCUCGCCUGUGCAGUUCGGCGUGGCCACUACCGUGGACAGCACCACUGGUUUCUCCCUCGGCCUCAUGGGGCUCGGUUACAGUAACAACGAGGCCGUCACGUCGCAACGUAACUUUUACCAGAACAUGCCCGAGGUUCUCAAAGAUGCAGGAGAGAUCAACUCAAGACUGUACUCGGUUUUCUUGAAUGGUGCAAAUGCUGGCUCUGGGACAAUCCUAUUUGGCGGCAUUGACACCUCAAAGUACACUGGUUCGCUUGCGACAGUCAACUUCCUCCCGCAGUUCUAUGAUGGUCAGGAAUUGCCUCUCAAUUUCAUCACAACCGUGACCGCGGCGAACAUUUCCUUGGGUGGGCAGACUGCACAGCUGUGGAGCGGUGGCUCGCCCGGCGUGGAGGCAUAUAACCGCGAUGACCCUGCUCUACCAGUUCUGCUGGACACCGGAAGUACUGCUUGGUCAAUUCCACAGCGGUAUUUUCUCAACUACAUAGAGCCCAACUUCGACUUUGUGGACAGAAGCGGAAUAUGCUCUUGUGAGUACGCCAAAUCUGGACCUUCUCUUUCUCUAGAGUUUGGAGGCAAGGUCACCAUCACGGUCACGCCAGAUCAAUUCAUCGUCCCGAUCAUCGACCCUACAACGAGGAAGCCCCAGCGCUACGAUAACAAAGGCAACGAAGCUUGUAUCUUCCUCCUUGCUCCGGACACUUCUGGACAGCCAUUCCUCACUCUGGGCGAUGCCGUACUUCGGAGCAUGUAUGUGGUCUUUGACCUCGACAACGGCCAAGGUUCGAUCGCACAAGCUGCAACCAAUCCUGGAAGUCCAAAUAUCGUGACGGUUCAAGCCGGCCCAACAGGAGUCGCUGCAGCAGUCUCAGGAGUCAACACUGCGCCUGCCAACACAGUGAAAGCACCUGGCGAGGUACAGUCUGGCACGGUCGCCUACUCAGUUGCCACAGCUGCGACGCCUAUCGGAACUGCUACCGGCGCAGGUGCUGUGCCGGCAAAUGCUCAAGUUGUUGGAGGGUCCGGGACUGGAUCUUCGAGUGAAUCAUCGUCUGCUGCUGCGACUGUACUUAGCAUCCCAGGCGCUGAUUUCACUGCACUUGGGGUCGCGGCUAUUUGGACGGCUGGCAUCGCGCUAGGCGCGAGUUUGAUGCUUUGAUGACAAUGAGACGACAGAACCUGAAAUACAGACAGCAUUAAUUCUACAGCUUCAAUGAGAUUCUGGC